ACAGCAAUUAGCUAUUGGCUAGACGUCAUGUUUAAAAUAUAAUUGUGACGUAUGAUCAUUGUAUUUAAAUCGAGCUGUAAGCUUCAUUUUCAAUUCAGUCACACAUACGAUGGCAACUCUAGGAAAGAGAUAUUCUUCCGAUGAUGACCUUGCAAACGAGCUACGCAUAGUUCUAAUAGGAAAAACAGGAUCUGGGAAAAGUGAUACUGGGAAUACUAUUCUCGGUAAAACAAUUUUUGAUGCAAAAUAUAGUGGUUCUUCGGUUACAAGAAAAUGUCAGAUUGAAGAAGUUUUUCGCGGAAACAAGAAGAUUGUUGUCGUUGACACCCCAGGAGUCUUUGAUACAGAAAUGUCAUUAGAAGAAACGAAAAAAGAAAUCACCAAAUGUAUCGGGCUGACGUCGCCUGGGCCACAUUGUUUUCUUGUAAUCAUUCAAGUUGGGAGAUUUUCCCCCGAGGAGAGACAAACACUGGAAACUUACUUGAAAAUGUUUGGCGAGGGAGUUUAUAAGUAUUUGAUAGUUCUAUUUACAAAGGUUGAUACGCUGCCUGGUGAUCGUAAACUGUCUCAAAAGUUUGAAAGUUUUCUAGAGAAUAUUCCCUCUGAUUUACAAAGGUUUUUAAACCUUUGUGAUAAUAGAUGCCUCCCAUUUAAUAAUGCAGCGAAUGGAAAAAAAAGAAAGAAAUACUUUCACCAACUGUUUAAGCUAAUUCAAGAAACUGUUGGUGAAAAUGAAGGGGAUUUCUACACCAAUGACAUGUACAGAGAGACGGAGAAGAUAAUUCAAAUGGCAAUAGAAAAAGAAAAAAUGGAAAGCAAUUAUGUAAAUGUUGACUUCAGUACAGCAGCCGAUAAAACGACAAAAGAAAGGAAGAAAAAAGAAGGACAUGGAAUUCAAAACAAAGAUAAAAAAGUUAGAGUUCUGAAGCAGCAUCUUGGGAAUGGAAUUAUGGAGAAAGGGGAAAAUUUGUUAAACGGUGAAAUUGAAAUAGACACUGAACUUGUUGGAGCUAUUGAAAAUUUAGAUGUCGGGGACGUCAUAGGAGUAGCAGGAAAGUUUUUAAGUAAAAGUAAAAAAGAUGAUGCACGAACGAAUUUAGGAAAAACAGAUACUGCACUACUGCGCAAAACAGUACGGAGGAAAAUUGAAGCAGAAGACCCAACCGUAUCCCACCGGCUUAAAGAGGGUGUCAUUUCCUUUGUGUCAACAAUUGCAGACGGCAUCGCGAAGGAGUUUCCAAAUUACAUAAAAAGCCUCUUUGAAAAAAUUUAAUUUAAUUCAGGCAGAAAAAAUUUUUUGACUUAUAUAUCUGUAAAAAUAUUUUGAUCUUUUUUUUAGAUUUUAAUUGCAAAAAAAAUAAUAAAUCAUUAAUGGAU